UUUUAACGUAAUUUAUGUAUAGUUAUAGUGAGACAACUUGUCAAUGAUUUUGCAUUAUUUCGGCGUUUUUUCAGUCAAUUUGAAGACACAAUUGAUUUGUUUGGGAUUUUAGUGAAGACUUCUGUCAAAAACAAAUAUCAAUUGAUUUGAUUGUCGUUUUGUUUGGUAUUAUUGACAAAGUUUGACACAAAAUUCUUCAUUAAUUUUUGUUGUCAUCAGUUAUAGUGAUGUUUCGGAAUCAAUACGAUAACGACGUGACCACUUGGUCACCACAGGGACGUCUUCAUCAAGUGGAGUACGCCAUGGAGGCCGUCAAACAGGGAUCAGCUACGGUUGGCCUGAAGAAUAAGGAUACGUUUGCCAUACUAUUGGCACUUAAGAGAAGUACAUCUGAACUGAGUGCCCACCAAAAGAAGAUAAUACCACUCGACCAACACGUAGGGAUGACUAUUGCUGGACUCACAGCCGAUGCCCGUAUGUUAUCUCGUUAUAUGCGAAGCGAGUGCACAAAUCAACGGUACGCUCAUAACGAGGCGCUUCCCGUCAACAGAUUGGUCACUAAUUUGGGAAACAAAAUGCAGAGUUCGACUCAACGCUAUGAUCGGCGACCAUAUGGUGUCGGCCUAUUGAUUGCCGGCUACGACUCGAUGGGUCCUCAUAUUUACCAGACCUGCCCAUCCGCUAACUAUUUCGAUUGCCGAGCCAUGUCUAUAGGCGCUCGAUCGCAAUCUGCCCGAACCUAUAUGGAGAAACAUUUGGACGAGUUUUUGGAUUGUGAUUUGAAUCAAUUGGUAAGACAUGGACUGUUGGCACUAAGAGAAUGUUUGCCCAAUGAUAUGGAACUGAACAACAAAAACGUUUCCGUCGCUGUUGUCGGCAAAGGCCACAAUUUUACCGUUUAUGACGACCAACAGGUUGAACAGUAUUUGGCUCUCAUUACCGAAGCUGAAAGAAAAGGCCGCGGAGGAGGUGUUGCACAACAACCAAGCGAUGAUACGACAGAGAAUCCAGAGCCUCGUGUGGCUGAACCCCAGGACAUGCAAGUGGACUGAAUUUAAUAUUCAAUUUAAUUACUAAAAUAUACAACAAAUUGGAUAAAAUUUUUUAAUUUACAAUAAAAUAUUCUGUUAACGAAUUGAUUGAAUUUUUACUACUAAA